AUGCCGGUUCCGAUAAUCGAGACUUGCCGGAAGAGAAAGAGGAAGCCGAAGCUUUAUAAUCUGCAACGAUUUGGAGAAGAAGAGUUCCCGGUUAACCGGAACGGAACUUUCCGGGAUAACAUUAGGGGUUUUCUCCGGGAUUUCGCGGAGGUUGAAGAGUACAACAUCCGUGGGAUGCCUGUAUGGUGUACGCUUCUCAAUCACGAGACGAAGAACUCUGUGAUUCCGCUUUAUACAGUCGAAGAAGACGUCGUUAGAUCCUCGGAACCGUACUGCGAUCAUUGCAGAUGCACAGGAUGGAGUAAUCACUUUGUAUCUAAAAGGAAAUACCAUUUCAUAAUACCGAAUGAUACUGAGUGGAAUAUGCAUUUAGAAGAUGAUGUAUUCGAUCUACAAACUCAUCUUCUACAUGGACUGAUUCACACUAAUGGGUUUGGUCAUUUGAUCUGCGUCAAUGGUCUCGAAGGAGGUUCUAAAUACUUGUGCGGAAGAGAAAUUGUCGACCUUUGGGAUCGGAUUUGCACUAACCUCGGAGCAAGGAUGAUAACAGUUGAGGAUUUGUCUAAGAAGAGAUCUCUGGAUCUUCGUUUGUUACACGGAGUUGCGUACGGACACUCGUGGUUUGGGAGAUGGGGAUACAAUUUCUGUCGUGGAAGCUACGGUGUGACGAGGAAUGAUUACGAGAAUGCUAUAGAGCUUCUUGGUUCUCUUGAGAUUGAUCAGAUUGAGUUUGAUUUCAGUGAGCAUACACAAUUCAAUGAGAUCAAGAAGAUUUUCAGGUAUUACCGAGAAAUGAGUGAAGGGAAUUUGAAGACAUUCAGAGACCUCUUGCGGUUUAUGCUUAUCAUCAAGUCUCAUGCUCCUCAUAAGCUUCACGCGGCUCCUCCUCCUCCUUUCUCAACGGAUUCUCCUCAUAAGAAAAGAUCAAACCGAUUGUUCUUGAAAAAGAGUGAUGUUCUGGAGAAUGAGAAGUCUCAGGGAUAUAAGAGUUACGCCACUGUGGCAGCUAAUUUGGGAAGUAGAUGGCCUGUGAGAAGACUUGAGUACGCAGCUGAAGUGAUUGUAGAGUCACUGAAAGAGAUGAAAGCAGUGAAGAAGAACGGUAUGACUCGGCAAGAUGUCAGGGAUGCAGCUAGAUUGAACAUUGGAGAUACGGGUUUAUUAGAUUACGUGCUGAAAUCGAUGAACAAUGUCGUUGUUGGGAACAUCUUGGUUAGGCGUUACGUGGAUCCUCGUACACGGAUACUGCAUUACACAAUACAGGAGCUUGAUGAUGAGACGAAGCUUAUAGAACCGAAGAAGGAGCCUGUGCUUGAUCUAAUUCCUUUGAGGGUUGUCACUGAAUCAUCCAAACCUGGAGCUGAUGUUCAUGGAGAUCUAGUGAUGCUAUACACUUAUGUUCUCUUGAAUUACCCAGAAGCUGAAUCAGUAAGAUCUGCAACUCAAGCGAUCCUAGACAGUAAACAGUUCGUAAAAGAGUGGCCUUUAUGGGACAACAAUGACAGAAUCUUGAGGUUUGUCUGUCGUAUCGAUCCAAGUUUGAUUGAUCUGAGAACAGAACAGAUCACAGAGUUGCCUCCAGGUGAGUUAGUCACAGUCUCACUACAAGCUACAGUCUUUGAUCUAAAGCAAGCCAUUGAAGACACAUUCAGAGAUACUUACUGCAUCUUGACAAACUUUGUGGUGAAUGAGAUCGAUGAGGUUAAGGGAGAAGAUGAUGAUGAUAGGGAGUUACUUCUUGGUAAGCUCGAGCCUUGUUCUGCAAUUACAGUGAGAGGAUUCGGGAUUGAUUUGGAAUCGAAGCUGAAGUUUCAAGGUGGGUGUGAUACGUGGAUGGUGAAAUGUGUUUGCAGAGCUAAAGAUGAUGAUGGAGAGAGGAUGAUAUCUUGUGAUGUUUGUGAAGUUUGGCAACAUACAAGAUGCUGUGGGAUUGAUGAUUCUAAUACUUUGCCUCCACUUUAUGUUUGUUCUAAUUGCUGUGAAGAGUUUGCUGAGCAACAAAGGAAAGUUUUGCAGCCAAAGUAUGAGUUUCCUAAUCAAGAUCAGAUGUUACUAAUUGAAGCAGCUGAUGAUUACUUUGGAGAUGAUGAGAGAUGUCAUGGAAUGAUGUUCCCUUCAGAGAGUUUCCUUAGUGGACAGUUCAUGUUGUAA